GUUACUGAAGAUGAGGUAUUAAAUGUACCCACUAAACUAAAAGGUAAAUUUUCAGCUGGCAGGGAUGAAAUACCUGAAAGGCAAGUUCAUAGUCAAAAACUGAGCAGUGUAAAGGACAGUUGGAAGCAGUGGAGCAGCAGGAUCAGUGAGGAGACAAAGUCUGGUGCUGCUGCAAAAUCUAGAUAAAAAUACAUAUUUAGUGGUCAGCUCCUUUUUUUUAAUGAAGGUGGCAAGUUAUAAGGGAAGUGAAUGUGGUUUGACACAAAACACUUAAAAAAGAACUAGCCAAAGUGCAACUCAGAAUGAAGAACCAAGUUCCCCAACAGCUAGUGAAGUAAUUCAUAGUGGCAUUUCACAGUGGUCAUAUAGGGCCAGCAACAGGCUGCAAUGAGAAAGUGACCAAUAAUCAGCAUUUCAUUAUUCCAAGUCGAGUAACAGCUCCAUUGUCAUCACUGAGGACUGAAAUGCAGAUGAUAUGUGAUUUUGAUACUCAGUUUGUUCAACAUUAUCAGGUCUGCAUUGGACAGAUGGCCUCUUCAACUAACAAGAGCACAAUUGGCAUGUCUGGCUACAGCAUCCAGACAAGUCAUGGCAGAGCACAGUAUGAACUUAUGACACCAUGUCUAAGCAACACCAAGAUCCCCUCCAUGCCCACAUAACAUGGAUUGCAUCAUCAAGGAGGUGAUUGAGAUUGAGCUCCGGCCCACUGGUAUGAACAGGGAGGAUGGCUUCUGCCUAAGCUAUGCAGAACAUGAAUUGAACACAACUGGACACAAGACUGGCAGAUCCAUGCAGAAGACAACUGUAUUGCAGACAUUUAGGCAUCCUUUUAAGUGUACAUAAUCUGCACUGUAAUAUUUUGGUAGCAUCCUAUGGAUCAGUACAAAGUUGUUGGUAGAAUUGGAGAAGGUGCUCAUGGAUUGGUUCUCAGAGGACAACACCGUGUCACUGGGAAAGAAGUUGCACUGAAAAAAGUGCUGUUAAAAAAAUUGGAAGAUGGUAUUCCAAUUACUGUGAUCAGGGAGAUAAAGGCAUUACAAGAAGUUGAUUGUGAAUAUGUGGUACAAUUAUUGGAUGUGUUCCCCCAGGGACUUGGUUUUGUCCUUGUGUUUGAAUUCAUGCCAUCAGGGCUGUGGGAGAUGUUACGUGAUGCUGAGAAUCCACUCUCAGUUCCUCAGGUGAAGACUUACAUGAUCAUGCUGCUGAAAGGCGUGAAAUAUCUGCAUGAACACUCAAUUAUGCACAGGGAUUUGAAGCCAGCAAACCUGCUAAUAAGCAGGGAAGGAGUGCUGAAGAUAGCAGAUCUGGGGCUUGGACGGAUGUUUUCGGCAGAACAUGAUCGUCCAUAUUCUCAUCAGGUGGCCACUAGAUGGUAUCGUGCUCCAGAAUUAUUGUAUGGAGCCAGAUAUUAUACAGAAGCUGUUGACCUAUGGGCUGUUGGCUGCAUCCUAGGCGAGCUCUUGACCAAUUCUCCGCUGUUCCCGGGAGAGACUGACAUAGAGCAAUUAGCAAUUGUGUUACGAACACUGGGCACGCCGACUACAGAAACAUGGCCUGGAGUGACAGAGUUACCAGAUUAUAACAAAAUAACAUUUCCAGAAACACAAGGAAUGAGUUGGGACCAAAUUUUUCCAGACUGUACACCAGAAGCCAGAGAUCUGACAAGGAAGUUUUUGGUGUACAAUGCUGACAGAAGAUUGAAAGCUAAGGAGGCAUUAAUUCAUCCUUAUUUCUUCACACCUCCACUACCGUGUCAGCUCUCAGACAUGCCUAAGCCCCUUGAUGGUCACAGACAGCACUUCAGAGCAAAGGAAUAUGACACAGAGAAACCUAUGGAAGAAUUAUUUAGUGAUUUAAAGAAGCUGUUGAUGUCUUGAAAUCUUAUUGGAAGCUCCAUAUUAUGACAUUUAUGUUAGAAUUGACUGGAUGUUCCUCAAGAAUGUUGUUUGCUAGUAUUUAUACUGUAACUGAUCUUCAGCGGAACAUUUCUUCCAUCUUCAGGAUUAAAGAUUAUGACAAGCAAGAAAUCAGCGUGAAGCAGACAGCAGGCAGAGCAAACUGUGUGUGAAAGAACAUGGAAUUAUGUAACAGAGGGAACAUGCAAGCCAACCCAUCAGUUCCCAUGACCACAUGUCCUUAUAUGUUGGAAGACUGAGCUCUUUGUAGUCACUGCUGUGCGAACCUGAAAUACUGUUGCUGAGGAACACUUUUUGCCUAUAUUUAAGAGUUAGUUAAAUGUGCUGGAAUCAACUGCUAUAUUUGUUUAUGGUGUGAGCCAUAUGAGAUUCUUUCAGAAUUUUUUAAUUCAGCUGACAGCCAGAUGUGUUAUAACUUAGCAUGAACACCACAGGCAGAGAUGUACAGCAUGCCUGUGAAAACACUAAAGUGAGAUGGCAUGUUUGAAUUUCCUUCAUGUAUGUUUUUUGUAUGGAGUUUCAGGGUUAUAUGUGUGAAGAUGGUUACAUGACUACUUCUGUUCAAACUUAAUGACAUUUUUAAACCAACAAGGAAAGUAAAUCAUACUGAAUGUUACAAACCAAAUGAUAAUGCAGUUGGAAAGGGGGGUCUUUAUUGUUUGCAUCCUAUGAUAUGGUUCUUUUGGCCGUCAACAUGACAAUUAAUCAUAAAUUAAACCAAUCUAAUAUCACUCAUGUUACAGUGGUUUUAUUUAGUGACUGCUACAUGUUUCAAUCCAUAUUUGAAUCAUCAUCAGGCGAUACGUCAGUCAUUAUUGAGUUGUCCUAAUAGGAAUCCAUAUUAGUGUUAAUUGUUAAAAUCAUUAUUAUACUUGUAUUUUUGACUAAAAUUUUUAACAUUGAAAAUGUUAAUUUACGUGGGUACACAUGGAAUGAAACGGUUAAUAACAGAAUUUGUAACGUAACGAAAUCUGUAACAGUUUGUAAUUAUUAGUACAUUUCUAGGCAACGGCAAUUCAACAUGUUACCACAUAAAUGAAUCAACACGGAACAAUAGAGGAACUGGAAAAACCAUGGAAAUGAUGUUUUCUAUGUGGUUAAUGCUGGAACCUUGUAAAUAUGAGUGAAAUACGGCAAUAAAUGCAAGGCAUACGGCUAAUUCAGUUCAACUCUUUAGUGUAUGAUGCAAUGCUAUAGGCAAGCUGGCAGCAUGUGACAUCAUGCACUUAAGAUGUCCGCUGGUAAGAGUUGUGCUGCAUAUAUGAGAGUAUAAAA